GUAUUGACUUUCCUGGAGAAAGUUAUCUUAUCCUACUCCCUUCAAUUUCCUACUGAUUCAGAAACAAUUAGGCAUCUAAAACAGGUUCAUGCGAGAACCUCCACCAUACAGAACGUUCAAAGAGAUGUUGAAAAUAUUUAUGGGAAGUAUGCACCGUUUCAGUUCUUAGCAUAUUGGUUGGAGGUGUGGCACUUCUAUGAGGAACGGUUUGGUAAGCUUAGCGAGAUGCCCCACUCGGCAUAUAAACUUAUUACUGCCGCAAAUAUGAGACAUAAAAGAAAGGGCAAAUGCAAGAAGUUGAACAUAACCUCAGCAGAAAAGCUUGGCGUGUAACUUAGAAGGAUAAUAUUGAGGCCUAACUUUGAUAACCUCAACAGAAAAGCUUGGCGUGUAACUUAGAAGGAUAAUGCUCAUGCCUAACUUAAAAUUCAGGCAUGAAUGAUUGAUUAAGGGAUAAUUACAGUCCAAUGCCUUUGGAUAUACAUAAUUAGUGUAUUGAUUUUGUAUAUUUCGGCCAUAUUGGUAUGUUUCCUGAUGAUGAUUAAUGUUAAAUUUGCCUUUUCUUUUGUUGAUGUAA